UGUAACACUGACACUUCUUCCUGCAUUUGUCAACAAACACCGGCAGAUCCGCAAACAUGACAGCCGUUGUUGGCAGGUGUGUGUCGGCUCGGUCUGGGUUGUUGGGUGUGUGUCUGCCCGCGGGUCUCCGGCUGGUCCACCGGAGCGGAGCGCGGCUGCUGGCCGGAGGUGGGGGCCCUGUGACCGGGCCCAGUGGCGCACAGAGCCGCCGGCAGCACACGGAGGUGGCGGCAGGUCCCGUAGAGGUGGAUCUGAGGCGGUUAGAAGGAGAAGACGACGGGAUAGUAGAGGUACUGAUGUGCAGACACAAAGCAAGAAAUGCCCUGGGCCAUGUGUUUGUGUCUCAGAUGAGGGAGCUGGUGUCCAGUCUGGCCAACGACUCAGUGGUACGAGUGGUGGUCUUCAGGAGUUUAGUACCAGGGGUUUUUUGUGCAGGUGCAGACUUAAAAGAGCGAUCUGUGAUGGACAACACUGAGUCUGAUCUGUUCGUUCACAGCCUGCGAAGCCUCAUGACUCAGAUUGCGCUGUUGCCCGUACCGACCAUUGCUGCGAUGGAUGGCGUGGCCCUGGGGGGAGGACUGGAGCUGGCUUUGGCCUGUGACCUCCGCACUGCUGCGUACUCUGCACAGAUGGGUCUGAUUGAGACGACACGGGGUCUGCUCCCAGGGGCCGGUGGCAGUCAGCGUCUGCCACGGAUGGUCGGCAUCACUCUGGCCAAAGAGCUCAUCUUCACAGGUAGGCGUGUGGGAGGGCAGACUGCUCUGGAGAUAGGGCUCGUAAACAGAGCUGUAGAACAGAACCAGACAGGAGACGCUGCCUACAGAGAGGCACUCAGCCUGGCCAGAGACAUACUGCCCCAGGCUCCUAUAGCUGUGCGGAUGGCAAAAGAAGCAAUGAACAGAGGUGUUGAGGUUGACAUCACUUCAGCAAUGGCAAUAGAAAGAAUGUGCUAUGCCCGGGUCAUCCCAACCCGGGACAGACAGGAGGGUAUGGCAGCCUUUAUAGAAAAGAGACCCCCGCGGUACACAGGAGAAUAAACUGACUUAUUAAAUGUCACAUGAACACUGCUCUCUAUAACCUCAUGUCUGAUACACAAUUAACACCCAUUGAUUUUCUUUGUGCAGUCCAGCCAGUGUCAGUGACUGUGUGCUUUUGUGAGACUAAUCCAAUAACAACUCAUUUCAACUUGAUCCAUAACAUUAUAUAAACUUACAAUAAACAUGUACACUAAGAUUUUUUUUCCCCAAUUGUUACUAUACAGGGUGGGGAAGCAAAAUUUACAAUGAACAUUUAGUUGUUUUUUUCUCAGCAGGCACUUUGUCAGUUGUUUUGAAAUCAAACAUAUA